AUGCUCUUUCUUUACAGUGAUGAAAUGGAGGAUAGAGAACAGAGAAUAGGUUCAGUACGUGGUGAAGAGGAUGCCCUCCUUCCCGGGCAUGUGCUCUCAGUGGGUAUGAAGGUACCGGAAUUGUUUGAAAAGGUCGAUAACAAUACUGUUAUGCCUGCUUAUAUUGGGAAUCCUCUUAAACCGUUUGGUACCAAUCCCCCUAUAUGUUUACAAAAAGGAUUUUUAAUGGAUUUUCCUAUGAGUACGCUUGAACAAGAGUUACGACGCAUCUACGCAAUAGUGGAUGCUGUAAUGAAAGAACACCAACUCACAUAUUGGCCAGCAGAUGGUACAUUGUUGGGUAUAAUUCGUCAAGGACGUGUCGCGAAUGAUCGUGAUUUGGAUUUUCAUGUUUUAACAACGAUGGAAGACUGCAAACCACUUUUGCGUUCUCUGGGAAGUUCAUUUAAGAAGCUUGCUAACUUAACAUACUUUAAAGUAAUAUCGGUAAGAAAAAGACACUUACCUUACUAUAGAAUGGGAAUGUUUGCCAUGGUUCGAAUGAUGCGUAAGUUCGGUUUCUUUAACACAGGUGUUGAUUUAACAUGUGUACACCGUCAGCCAAAUGGAUCACACACAGUGUUUAACCAUUUUGGUCGUCUUAUGCUGUUGCCAAAUAACAGUUUUCCUUUAAUACCUUGUCGUGCCUACGAUAUGACGGUUUUAUGCCCUGGUGAUGGGUAUCGAAUGUUGGAGGCCUUCAAGCCACGCUAUGAAGGGUGUAUGGUGUUUCCUCAUUGCUUUGGCGACCCAGAGACCUCGCACGUUCGUUGUCUCACACCACAUCCAUUAGUUCCAUUAAAACAUUUUAUAGAUGCUACUACUACACUUAAGCAAUGUGGAUAUGUUAAUUUAGUUGAUCAUUACAGCGAGGAACCUUUAUGUGCUCACUUGAUGAAUGAGACAAGAGUGUUGGAAAAUGGGGUUAAUCAUUCACUGGAUUGUAGGGUUUUUAACGAAAAUAAGUUUUGCUUUUUGCAAAAGUUUAAUGGCUAG